UUACCGCAACCAAUGAGUCUGUCAGAUUUAGCAGUGAACGCCUUCAUUUCGUUACCAAGCACGAAAACAAAACAGCAGCGUUUACAACGAAAUACUGAACUUUUUGUAAGAUUCAAUGGCAGGAAACGAAAGUAUUUUUCUGAGAGCGAAGGAUCGGACUUAUAAAGGGCUGACAGAAGAUGAGCAGAAGGAGUGGAAUGGCCCUUUUUAUUUCAUCAAGGUGGCGGAUCCCCAGCUUGGCCUGAUGAAGGCAUGGAGGAUAGGUGACUCUGAUUCAGGAGGGGAUGAGUGGGAUGAGGAGGUGCAGCUCACAAAGCAGGCGGUCCAGGCCAUUAACAAACUUAAACCUAGACCUCGCUUCGUUGUGCUGUGUGGAGACCUGGUCCACGCUAUGCCUGGAAAUUCAUUCAGGGAAGACCAAGUUAAGGAUCUCAAAGCAGCACUAAGAGGGAUUGACCCUAACAUUCCUCUCGUGUUUGUCAGCGGCAACCAUGACCUUGGCAACGCACCUACUCCAGACACUGUGGAGCAGUUCUGCCGUGACUGGGGCGACGAUUACUUCAGUUUUUGGGUGGGCGGGGUGUUGUGUUUGGUUCUGAACUCUCAGUUCUUCUUCGACCCAUCAGGCUGCCCUGAGCUAAUGGCGGCUCAGGAGGUCUGGCUUGAGAAGCAGCUACAGAGGGCUGCCCAGACCCCCUGCCAGCACGUGCUGGUCUUUCAGCACAUUCCACUCUUCCUCCGUGCACCCGAGGAAGAGGACGACUACUUCAACCUGCAUAGAGGGAUCAGAGAGCGCCUGAUCCGGAGGUUCAAACAAGCAGGAGUGAAAGCCGUGUUCUCCGGUCACUACCACAGAAAUGCCGGGGGAUUCCAUGACGGGCUGGAUAUGGUGGUGAGCUCAGCGAUUGGCUGUCAGUUGGGAGAUGACACGCAUGGCGUGAGGGUGGUGGUAGUUACUGAAGAUGAGGUCACCCAUCUCUACCAUAGCCUGGACCAAUUGACAGAAAAAGGAAUAGAUGAAGACCUUAAGAAACUGCUGGCCUGAAUGCUCCACAAAUAGUCUAUUAUUGUGCAGAAACAGUGAUUAUAAAAAUUGUUUGCAUUUUUUUUAUUUAUGACUGCCCCGAAGAAAGCUAUCUAACAGAACAGUCUUUACAUAUACUCUACAAAAUAAAUAACAAGAAUUAUGCAAAUUAGUGUACAUAUCCUUGUUUCUGAAUAUUGUCUGUUCCCUUAUGAAUUAUUGAAUGCUUGCAGCCAUUUGUGAUGUAUUGUCUUGAGUGUUAAAUCUGCAUAGUCUUCUGACAAACAGCCGUUAGGUCUCUUAGUUGUUGGGUUCUCUUAAAAGCACCACGGUGGGUUUCUAGUUCUCACCAGAGAGAUGAUAGUGAGGAUUACAAAAAAGACCCGUCAGCACUAUUCAGAUUAUCAAAAUCAAGUGAAGGACCAGAUCUGUAGAGACCAAGAUAAGAUCAAGAAGGAUUUCGGAGCCAACUACUUUCAGCUUACAUUGAAAUAAAGUAGUGGAUCGACAGCGACUGCUGCAGAGGAAAGUGAAAGUAUCCCAGGACCCCAGUGUCCUUCAGGUACUGUGGUGAGAACUCAAACAUGCAGUGCAUUCAGAGUAAGCACAGAACUUGUGACCUAGAGACUUUUUCUCAUGAGGAAUUGGCUGAAUUUUUUGAAAAUAAACAGACUCUGAGUCAGACACAUCACGAAUGGAUGGAAGAAAUCAUUCAUGCUUGAGGUGACAACACAUGAUGUUCAUAACCAUCUAAACUUCAACAAAAUAGGUAUCUUGGUAUAUGUCUGUUAUGUGAAAUAGCUUCCAAUAGGCAAUUUUGAUUUUAUGAUCUUCCUCAUUUUUGAAAAUGGUAUGUACAGUGAUCGGAAAAGUACGUCUUAAAGCAAUAGUGUAUGAUUCUGUCGUUGUUUUAACCCUCAUGUCAGUCCAAACCUGUUCCACAAAGAUAGUUUUUUGAAGAAUGUUUACGUUAAGCCUUUUUCUUUGCAAUGAACGCGGUUUUGUGUUCCACAGAAAUGUUCCAACCUGAUAUUGUGGAAAUUUACAUGUAUUUUACGAGGUGGCUAAUACGUAGGAUAUCGUACUUUCCAUUGACUUUGUACGUAAUUAACUUGCACAAACCGUUUAAUUCACGUUUAAUAUGAACACAUAAUAAGAUCUUAUGAAUUUAUAUGAAUUAGCCACCUCGUAAAAAACGUUCAAAUUUCUGUGAGAUUGUGUAGAACAUUUUCAAAAUUCUGUGAAUAAUGUACGGAUUUAAAAAAAUAAUUUGUAAUUUAAUUUUAGAGCCAUUGUGUCUAAAUGCAAAGCAUUUAUGGGGUGUGUUCUUACAGAACUAAAAUGAGUCUCGCCUUCUGAAUACAUUAGCAAGCAUUAAAAACAUGAGCCAGUGAAACUUUUGAACUUUGAUACGUAGAUCAUGUCUCUCUACACUUUAAUCAUGCAAAUGCGUCUGAGAAUUUCUUAUACACUAAAGUUAAGUCAGCUCAUCAUACUAAUGGAGAGAGGCAAUGCUGUGGUACAAUAGUAGUUUAAUAGCGCUGAACAUCGUAGAUGACAGUUUGAUGAGUUCACUCCUUUCUCCUCUGCUCAUUACUCUCUUCCAAGUCUUGAGAGGAGGAAAGAGGCGAUCGCCAUGGUAACCGUUGAAAGACGGGGCUAUGGUGAACAGGACAGCGAGUCACUUGCUCUGUGGGUGGAUCACCACAAACAUAAUUGCUGACCUCACCUCACACGAGUGACUUCCAGAAGCAUCUAGAGACAUAUUCAAAAGACCAAACUCUUCCAUCUGUGACCUUGUACUUCCUCAUUUUUGUGCAAGUGUACUUGAUGUGUAAAAUGACACUGUUUCAGAUACUCGAUUUUUUUUCACGUAUUGAUGUAUAAAGAUGAUCCUAUUCUGUACAUUAUUGUAUUUUUACCCUGUAAUUACACAAAAUUGAUUAUAAAUUAGAUAUUUUAGUUUUGUGCUUAGUCAUUCUUCUUUCCAAACAAAUCAUGUGAAUAUUUGUACAGAUACAAAUCAGUUACAUCCUCUAACCUUAAUAAACAAUGAUGUCUGUA